AUGUCUUCCCAGCUCGCCGAUAUGAAAUUGAGGAUGGCCGCCAAAGAUCGAACAAUUGCCGCCCAGAACCAGAAGAUGGCCGACAAGGAUCUGGCAAUCGCGCAUUACCACAAGAAGUCCAAGUCCCGCAAGUUUCGGAUCGAAGAGUUGGAGGCAGAUCUUGAGGAAGCGAAAGAGAAAAUCGCAGAGAUCGACUCCGGCGACUCGGACGCCACGAACGUCCAAUAUAUCGAAGACAAGCCGAAAGAGGCCCCUGAGUACUACGACGACUAUUACGGCCCCUGUAUCGAAGCUCAGGCGCAGGUCCAGGUUCUCAAAGCAGAGAAUGCCAACCUCAAGUACCAGUAUUUCGUUUCCGGGCUUACCAUCCAGCCAUGGAGUGGAGCCGUUGUUGAGCCUGCAGCCGAGACUACUUUUCCCAAUGACGAGCCCUCGGAUGAAACCAUUGUUACCUCUGCGGCCGAGACUGCUUCCCCCACUGACGAGCCAUCGGAUGAGACUAUCGUCGCGCCUGAAGCUGAUCCUGCUCCCGCCGACGACGAGCCGAGAGGCCACAAGCGUACUCUUUCGCAGUCCGAGGUCGCAUCAACUGAGAAGGUCGAGAGCAAGAAGGCCCGCCCUGCAUUCUGGAGUGGAGACCUGACGAGGCGACCUAAGAAGAACAAGGCCGCCACACGGAAGACACGUGAAGGACAGAACCAGGUUUGA